AUGUUCAAGCUCGCGAAGUCGCUCUUUCGAAGGCAACCAUGGCCCCAAAUCAAAUUUCCGACUUCUGGUUUUGAAGUCGUCAGCGACGCAAUGUUGUUUGAGGAAGAACAGCUUGAGGAGUUUCAUAGGGGCGUCUACUAUCCUGUCAACAUAGGAGACGUUUUCGUGUCGAAGUACCAAGUAGUAGGCAAACUUGGUUUCGGUGUUACGUCGACAGUUUGGCUGGCCCGUGAUCUACAGCAAGUUAGUAUUCGCCGCCAUACCUAUGCGACCUUGAAAGUCUUCACAAGAGAGGGAAUGGACGAGGAUGAGUACAACAUGUACAAUACCGUAAGCAAAGGCAAUGCCUCGCAUCCAGGAUACAAUCACGUCCGGACAGCCCUCGACUUGUUUACCAUUCCCCGACAAGGUGGCGAUCAUCGAUGUCUUGUCCAGAAACCCAUGUGGGAUAGUUUCAAGGAUCUCUUGAACAGGAACCCGGCGCACCGCUUCACGGACGAGCUGCUAAGAGCUGGGUUGUCGCAAGUUUUCCUCGCACUCGAUUACCUUCACACGGAAGCGAAGAUCAUACAUACAGAUAUAAAAGCCGACAACAUCCUCAUAGAAAUCGAAGAUCAGGGCAUAUUGAGAGCCUUUGUUGACGCCGAAAUGACAUGUCCCUCGCCUCGAAAAGUGGUAGACGGCAAGCCAAUCUAUGCGACACGCCAGUUUGGAUUACCGAAAGAGUACGGUCGCGUUGUACUUGGAGACUUCGGCUCUGCAAUUCGCUGCGACAAACCUCAGAUCCAUGACGCGCAACCUAAUGUUUACCGAUGUCCAGAGGUGAUGCUGAAGACUCAAUGGAGUUAUCCAGCUGAUAUCUGGAAUGUUGGAGCGAUGAUUUGGGACCUGUAUGAGGAUAAACACCUCUUCUACGGCAUCGAUUCAACCGAAAAGCGAUACCUGACCAAAGCUCAUCUCGCGGAAUUAGUCGCAAUGCUCGGUCCGCCACCGAAGGAUAUGCUAGAGAGAGGUGCGCGGAGUAAGGAAUUCUUCGAUGAUGAAGGGAAUUGGAUCGCCGAGAUUAACAUACCGCAAGGCUUAACAUUAGAGGGAUCGGAAGAGAAUCUAGAUGGAGAGAAGAAAAAAGAGUUCUUGCAGUUUGUGAGGUGCAUGUUGCAGUGGAGGCCUGAGGAUCGAUGGACCGCGAAGGAGUUACUUGAGCAUCCUUGGAUGAGAGAGAACUUGUAAAUCGGAAGAGCAGCGUGGUGUGGAGCCCUUUGAUGUUGAACACGGCAUCUCAUAGCGAAAGUUGGACUAGACUUCGCUUUUCAUCAGAUAUUGAACCAGUCUGACCUUCGUGCACUAAACAAAGCACAGCAUCCGUACAAUCGCAGCAUGAGCGCAAAGA